CUUCAUUCAGCUCUUUCCUUCCUCUUUAUACCCCAUACAACUCCUGUCUUGUCACCUUCUCUUUUUAUCGCCCGCAUUACGCAUUACGAGAAAUCGCCCGCUUGCUCCAUCGAUUCUUUCGUAACACACGACAACCAUCUGCGUUUCAUCCUCGACCGUCCCAUGUAGGGCCAUAUGCACCCAUUGCACCAAGCAACGGAAAAGCCCACACAUACACGACUUACUUGUCGACAAUAUUCAAGCCAACACAACAAACAACCCUUCAUUGACAUCGACGAAAUAAUCGCAUCAUCCACCGAUUCCAUCUCAUCUACCCUAUACCUACCUAUCAGCCAGGAGCUCUCUCGUAGAGCCCCGUCACCGGCGAAGUGGCCUACCGAGCGGAGCCUCAAAACUCUCUCCUCGCAGAAGAGUUAGCAUACACGCCUUAUAUUGGCCACCGCCAGCGCCGUAGAGUCUCUGCUCGCGGCUACACGCCCGAUUUCCGAGGCAACAUGUAUAUGCCGAACACGACGUGGACAUGGGCCUUCAUGGUGGUAACAAUUGUUCAGGCCGCGGUGGUCCUGGGCUUGGAGUCUUAUAUUUUCGCAAAAUUUCAGACGGCACUUGCUCCAAAUCUACCAUCAGUACCCAAAGUUAAAGUCAUACCGACCUAUCUCACACUCUUUAUUUUCGCUUUCAUCUAUCAACUGGUCCUUGUCUACGACUCCCUGCGGUUGAAGAACACUAUCCAAGUCAUCGGACUUUGUCUGUAUAACUUGGGAAUCUUGAUUUACUCCUCCGUGCAGGUUAGCCAGAUCAAGGACGCCGUCUGGGAUCUGUAUCUGUCCAGCCCAAGUUACCUCCCUGAAGGCCAGUUACUAUGGCCCGUUAUACACCCCUACCUGGUUGCAGUCCCGGUCAUAAUUGGGUUGGGAACAGCAGUAAUGUCAGCUAUUGCCUACAAGCUGUACGGCGAAUUUGCCUGGACCAUCUAUAAGCAUAUCAGUGCGGAUCUUCGCAUGAAGAGACGAUUCUUGACAUUCCAGAUUUACAUCGCACUCCUGAAGUUUGAUUUCUUCUUCUUCCUUGGAUUUACUGUACAGUUUCUCGUCAUUGUCUCGAGCAGCCAAAACGUGGAAUUCUACCUAACCAUUGCCGCGAUUCCGAUUACUAUCCUCAUUCUCGCCAUGGCUGCUAUCUGGACCCGCCGAGAGAUCAAAAUCGGCAUGAUUAUCAACAUCUUGCUAUAUUUCGCCGCACUCGCGUAUUUCCUCUUUAAGUUGGUACGCAUAUAUCAACCUAGUCGUCAGGCCCAGUACCGCCCAGCCCGCACAUCCCUCACCAUUUUUGCGGUCUUGACUAUUAUACUCAUUCUGUUGACAAUCACCAACGCAUGUGUUUGCAUGCACAACUUCGACAAAGGCCUCAAGCCGUUUGUGACGAGGAGGAAGAUCAUCGGAGGAGACGAAAAGACGGACAAUUUCACAGAGCUUCCUGACAUGAAGCACGGAGGGCCGGUAGCACCACAGCCGAGCAGAAUGACGAUUGACUAGGCGGAGAUUUGGGACACGCAUGGUGUUUCUGGGUGUUGACUGUGUAUUGCACGAAUCGCAGUUUUCUUUUGUUUUAGAUCUUCGCGUCCUGGGCCACUGUGGCAUAUCAUGGCGUUCAUACCCUGGGCGUUGGAAGAUUCGUGAUAGUUUUCAGUCUUGCGGGACGGCAUAGCGCGCCGGAGAAUUUGAGAAUUUGCUAGCUGAUCCUGGGAGGGGGAGCAAGGAUUGGAAUACUCGUGUGUAGGCUCAUGAAUAGCUACUGUCUAUUGGAAUUUGACGAGCACGAAUGCAUGUUGAUUUGAAAUUUAUAAUUAUAUUU